UUGAUUUUCAUUUCUAAAUUGUAAAACUGUUUGAUUAGAAUAUAUUUAUAUAUUUAAUGAUUUGCAUCUUUUCAUAGGAUUUGUAUAAUAUUCAUAAGAAUUAAUUAUGUGACUUGGCGCGACAUGAGAGUAAGUAACAGCCGCUACCAUUAAUUCCUGGAUGGAUGAUCACCCGGGUUCAUAGUGGCAAUAACCUUGCCAAGCAUAGGUACCUACACACGUACCAACCAACCGUUCCAACCCCUACAAGAGCUAUAAUGGCCAUAGUUGCAGGGGUUAAGACUUAUAAAAAAAAAAUUACCUAUUAUAAUAAUAUAUACACGAGUAUUAUUAAUAUCAAUAAAAAACUUUGGAUUUUGUGUAAAAAUCAUAAUAUAUUUAUUGUUUAUAGUAUAUUUUACUAAUAUUAUAUGUUAUAAUGCAACUAUUAAUUUGUAAAAAUAAAAAAAUAUUUUUAUUAUUAAGAAAUCUAGAGGAAUACCGUUGUUCAUCUGGCCAAUGUAUAGAUAUAACAUCCAUUUGUGAUGGAACUUUAGAUUGCAAUGACGGAUCUGACGAAACAUCAGAAUUGUGUAAACCAAGGGUGUGUCCAACGAGUACGUUCAAGUGCAAGUAUGGUGCCUGUAUAAUAGUAAUCGAAAAAAAUGCGACGGUUUGCAGCACUGAGCUGACGGUUCCGAUGAAGCAGACUGCAAUGGAAACCCCAAACCUUUGCCAUUAUUUAACUGAACCUCGCAAAUCAUGCAGAGGCCGACCACAACAUCUGCACCGCAGUAUCAAACUAGUAGACCAACAACGCAGACCAAUAAUGUGAGGUUAAACUGUAUAAGAAUAAAUGGCUGAUACACCUAUUUGGUGUGUUAUUGAGUAUGAUGGUGGUGGUGUACAAAUUGAACCUAAAAGUUGAACGGACACUGGGUCAUCAGGAACCAGCUAUUGGCCCAAACGAGGAGUUUUUAUUUCAGACCUACAAUACCUUAAUGCAGUAAAACAUAAUACAAGUCCUGAAAUAACUUGGCCAGACUGUAAGACAUCUACACUGGGAUUCUAUGAUGACUUCGAAGAUGCCAAACGUAAACUAAAAAAAUCUGAAGUCAAUGCAGACCUUAACACAGAUGUGGAAAAAGAAAAAAAAAGCCGAAAAAAGUGGAAGAAAAAAAAAACAUUUGUUAGUUCUAGUGACAAUCCUGAACCUUAAGUAACGCCCGCUAUUAAAAUAAAACUAUUUCCUAAACCACAACAACCAAGUACAUUGCCACAAAGUUUAUAUUUAAAUGAAUCUGCAUUGCAUUUUCCUGAAAAAUUACGCUCUCACAGAAUCCCUUUCUAAAUUUUCCGUAUCAACUACAUCAUUUACCACAUAGUAAAUAUUAUAAAUAAUAUAAUUAUUCGAUUUGAUUUAAAAGUACACAACAAUAGCAAAUAGAUUAAAUACAGUAAUUUUAUAAUAUACAUUGCCUUUGCGAUUCUUUGACCGGUCCACUCCCAUCCAGCCACUAUUACACAAAUAACAAUUUAUAAUAAUAUCGACAUCAUGAAUUCACACGCAUCUUUGAGUUGCUUGCUGGCCGUCAUAGCCAACUUCAUCCCUGAGGCGGCCGUGAGCGGCGCCCGCAUUGUGUCACGUCUGGUCAUAAUGGCUGACCGCAAUUCGAACUUGUUGAUCGUCCUCAAAAAAGCCGUCAGCGCCGGAUCCAAAAUCACCGAUCCAAUUACAUCUGUGAUAAAAAUUCCACCGAUUAAGAUUACCGCUGGCGACAGCGUUAUGGAAAUCCAGUGCUGUGAACCCAAUGUUAUCUUCACCAACGAAGAGAGACACAUGUUUUGCCAGUCAAUGGACGACCACAUGUUACGCACGGUGUACCGGUGUCACGAUGUCACGCUAUACGACGACGGCAACCCCGAAAACGUGACAGUGGUGUACUGGACGUUGGUCAAGACGGCGUGGUACCAGCUCACGUUCCUGGCCCUGACCAUAUUGCCGUUCUGUUUAAUGGUGAUAUCCGCACUAGUAUACCACCUCUCAGAAAGCUUCGAGCACAGCCAAUGCGUCGAAAACCUUACGAAGAGCAUUGCAUUGCCUUUUUCGCCGAGACAAUCACACUACCGACUGUCACAGACUUUAAAUCAACCGGUUAAACUGUAUAAGAAUAAAUGGCAGAUACACCUAUUUGAUGAGUUAUUAAGUUUGAUGAUGGUGGUGUACUGCAAAUUGUACCUAAAAGUUGGACAGAGACUGGAUCGCCAGGAACCAGCUAUACUGGGAUUCUAUGGCAAUGCAAUGCGACGAGAAGACGCUCAUCGUAAGGUUUUCAACGUACGGCUGUGCUCACAGUUUUCCGAGAAGUGGUAUACUAUUGCGGUUAUCAACAUUAUACAGAACGAUAAUAUGGUCAAGACCAGGAACGUUAUCUGAUACCACGCCGUCUUGGUCAACGUUCCGUACACCACUGGCACGUUUUCGGGGUUGCCGUCGUCGUAUAGCCUGACAUCGUGACACCGACACACCGUGCGUAACAAGUGGUCGCUCAUUGUCUGGCGAAAAAUGUGCUUCCCUUCAUUGGCGAAAAUAUUAUUGGGUUCUCAGCACGGGAUUUCCAUAUCGCUGUCGGCAGCGGUAAUCUUGACCGGUGGAAUUUUAAUCACAAAUGUAGUGGAAUCGGUAAUUUUGGACCCGGCGCCGACGACUUUUUUGAGGGCGAUCAACAAGAACGAAUUGCGGCCAGCCAUUACGGCCGGACGUGACACAAUGUAUGCGCCGCUCACGUCCGCCUCGGUGAUGAAGAUGGCUAUGACGGCCAGCAAGCAACUCAAAGAUGCGUGUGAAUUCAUGAUGUCGAUAUUAUUAUAAAUUGUUAUUUAUGUAAUGGUGGCUGGAUGGACGUGGACCGGUCAAAGAAUCGCAAAGGCAAUGUCUAUUAUAAUAUUACCGUAUUUAAUGUGUUUGGUAAUGUUGUGUAUUUUUAAAUCAAAUCGAAUAAUUAUAUUAUUUAUAAUAUUUACUGUGCGGUCAAUAAUGCAGUUGAUACGGAAAAUUUAGAAAGAGAUUCUGAGAGAGCGUAAUUUUUCAGUAAAAUGCGCUGCGAUAACACACCUGAAUCAGUGACUGUAACGCAAAAUACUCUGACGGACCCCGCGUCGUUUAAGGACUAUUUAUAACAUAUAUCUAGAACCGGCGGUCGGCCGUUUUUAA